UGAAACAUUUGAACAUCUCGAUUCGUAACAGAUGAAAUUGUUAAAAUAAAGUUUAUUACUCUAGUGCAUUGAAAAAAGGCGUAAAAAAUUGUUAAUUUUUCAAUGAGUUUUUUUCACACGUGAAUUUAAUACAGAAUGUGUCCCUCCCCACCCCGUCCUACCUGUCCCAUUGGAGGGGAUACCCAGGUAGACAGCACCCGCGAUAUCCACCUGUCCCACCAGUUUUCGAUCCGAUCACAACAAAUAUGGCGCCCACCCCCGGUGGUGUCUGAAACAAACCCCAAAGUAUAACUGACGCAAAUCAUUUAAAUCCUUAAAAUCUUCGCGAGGUCGUCUAAAGCCCCUUCUCCCAAAAAUUAAAAAUCCCCAGUGAUCUACCCCCGAAAAUGUGUGUCAAUUCCCUCUGAAGUUGGACCCUCAACUCAACUCAACCCCUUCCAGUUAAAAUUAAACAUUAAAUUCUGAUUAAUUCCCCUAAAAUCACAGAUGAAAGUCAACCCAUCAAAAAUAAAAAAAUAAUAAAUGAAUCAAAAAUGAAAAUUUAGUGUAAAUUAAAAUGAAUUAAAAAUAUUUAAUAUUUUUUAAUGUGUAUGUGACUGAAGGAAUUUUUAUUUGAAUUUUUUUUUCAUAAACAAAUUUACCCUACCGCCUCCACUCCUUCAAGUCUGACUUUAAAUUUUUUAAGGCAAAAAUAAGAAUAAUAAUAAAAAUGUAAUGUUCGUAUAAAUUAAUAUCGAAUUAAAAGUCCUAUUUUCUAAUUACAAUUUUUUGUUUGUGGCUUUAACGGAAUUUUAUCUUAGAGUCAUUUUUUAAUGAAUAUUAAAUCAGGCCGGCGCCUCUGUCUUCAAAUUUGACGCCUCAAUGUUUUCAAAAAAAAAUUGUUUUUAAUUAAAAUUAACAUUUUCUGAUGCGUUUUCUUGUUCCUCUGAAGAGAUUCUGAUUUGAAGUAUUUUUUUAAUAAACAUAAAUUCAUCCUGACGCCUCCCCCCCUCAAGUCUCCCUUAAAAUAGUUUAAAACAAAAAUAACAACAAUAAGAAAAUUAAAAUGCAUUCCAUCCUAGAGUCCUUCUUCAAAGGCCAUCAGCUCAGAUCAACGUCCUCUUAAAAUUUGCCCCACAAAUAUUUUCCAACUAAUAACUAAAAUAAAUAAAUUUAAAAAGUAUUUACAAAUAAAAAUAAAAAAUAAAAUAAAUAUUUUGACCUUUCUCUCUUCCGACGUCACAAAGAUUUCGUCCUGAAGUUUUCUCAAUAAAUAAAAAGACUCUGAACCCUCUGAACUCAUCACUAAAAAUGUUCGUCUACUUGAGCAAGAAGAUAGCGAUCCCCAACAACUACCGGCUGAACUGCAUCGCAUGGAACCAAAAGCAAGGAUACAUAGCAGUAGGUGGUGAGGAGGGUCUCCUGAAGGUCCUCCGGGUGGACUCCACCCCACCGAGUGCCGGUCCAACCACUAAAUCCCGUGGUCUCCCCGCCACAAGCAACCUCAGCAUGAAUCAGACUCUAGAAGGUCACCAGGGUCACGUCCAGGUGGUCACCUGGAACGAGGAGUACCAGAAGUUGACGUCAAGCGACCAGAAUGGCGUCAUAGUCGUCUGGAUGUUGUACAAGGGCUCCUGGUACGAGGAGAUGAUCAACAACCGCAACAAGUCAACGGUGAAGGGCAUGUCGUGGAGUGUCGACGGCCAGAAGAUCUGCAUCGUCUACGAGGAUGGUGCGGUGAUCGUGGGAUCGGUGGAUGGCAAUCGGAUCUGGGGGAAGGAGCUAAAGAACACACCGUUGACGAGUGUCCAAUGGUCGCCGAAUGGAAAGCUCCUGCUCUUCGGCCUGAGGACAGGGAGUAUUCACCUCUACGACAAUCAGGGAGCCUUCCUCAUGAACAUCAACAUGAACCUCCCCGUCGCACCCCAGAACAUCGUCGCGAUGCACUGGUACAGUGGUAAAUACGGAUUUGUAGGGGUGGACUGUCCCUCCCUGGCGAUCUGCUACGACUCAGGACGUGUCCACCUGCUCAGAGACACCAACGACGACCGCCCCGUGAUCAUCGAGACGGGAAUGACGAACGUCUGGUGUGCGUGGAACACCUACGGAUCCCUCCUGGCGGUCACCGGAGUGCAAUCGGUCAUCAUCAGCGGUGAGGCCAAGGACUCCAACGUCAUCCAGUUCUAUACACCCUUUGGCAAGCAAGUCAGGAUGCUGAAGAUACCUGGGAAGGAGGUGACCGCGUGCUCCUGGGAGGGCGGCUCCCUCCGGGUGGCCCUAUCCGUCGACUCCCACAUUUACUUCGCCAACAUCAGGCCCGACUACAAGUGGACCUACUUCAGCAACACCGUCGUCUUCACCAACGAGAGAGUCACCAAGGACGGGGUCUGCAUCACCUUCUGGAACACCAGCAACAACUCCUGCUGCACGAAGUACGUGAGAUCAUUGAUAUCGAUAACUUCCUCAGGGGAGCACUGCGCCCUGGCGGUGCGAAACGACCUCAAUCAGGAGAGCGAGGAGUUCAUCCUCAUCGUCUGCAACACCAUAGCAACUCCCAUUGACACUAAAUACCUGGAGCUCGAGCCCAACUGGAUCACGAUGACAAGUAAUUCGGUGAUAGUGGCGUCAAGGAACCAAUUCCUCAUCUGGAAUUUCCGCAUACCAAAGUCCGCCAGCUUGAGCUCGUCCCGAAUGAAGAAGGAUCGGACGUACCACGUGGACGACACGCCGACUGGGGUGAACGAGGUCAUCCAGGACCUCGACAGGGAUCGAAGCUUCGAGACGCCUGUGAACAGAAAAGCAACGAUGGACCCCAUCUGCUGCGUGUCGUCCAGUGAGAAGGUUCUGCUCGUGGGAAGGGAGUCCGGAAUGAUCCAGAGGUAUUCCCUGCCUCAGGUCACCCUGACCAACCGCUACACAGUGGCCUCGCGACCCCAGAGGAUUCACAUCAACUGCAGCUCCAGCAGGGCCUCCAUCCUGGACGUUUCUGGCGUCCUCACGAUGCUCGAUCUUGAGCACUUGAGGAGUGAGACUGGAGAUCAGGAAGACGUUUCCAAGUUCGAGAGGAAGGACGUCUGGGCAGUCUGCUGGGCAGUCGACAAUCCAGCGCUUCUUGCCAUCAUGGAGAAGACGAGGAUGUACGUGAUCAGGGGUUUGGAUCCCGAGGAGCCGAUCGCCUGUUCCGGGUACAUCUGCUCCUUUCAGGAUCUCGAGAUUCGCUGCAUUCUGCUGGACGAUUUGGUCCACAAACCCGACGACAUUCGCUCCGAACUGAUCGUCGAUCUGGAAGUCAAGUCCUUGAGGGACACCAAAGAGCUCCUGUCGAAGGUCGGCCUCAAGGAGGCGUACGACUUCAUCCAGGACAAUCCUCAUCCCCGACUCUGGCGCCUCCUCGCGGAAUCCGCCCUCAAGUCUCGAGACCUGGAGAUGGCGGAGAAUGCGAUGGUCCGGUGCACGGACUACCUGGGGAUCCAGUUCAUCAAGAGACUCCACAGUGUUCAUGCUGAUCAGCUGAAGAAGGCGGAGGUCGCCGCGUUCCUUGGUAACUACGACGAGGCAGAGAAACUGUACCUGGAGCUAGACCGGAGGGAUCUGGCGAUCAGCCUGAGGCAGAAGCUGGGGGACUACUUCAGGGUCCUCCAGCUGAUGAAGAUGGGGAUCGGAGGAACGGAUAAGCAGAUGGAGGUGGCGUACAAUAAAAUUGGGGAUCACUUUGCCGAGAGGCAGAACUGGGAGGGCGCCAGGGAGUAUUACGAAAAGGGGAGGAACCUGGAGAAGCUCAUUCAGUGUUACUACAAACUUGAGGAUUAUGAACUCCUCGCGGAGACUGUUGAUCAGCUACCGGAUAAAUCAUCGACGUUGAAGACUGUCGCCAGGAUGCUGGCGUCGGUGGGGAUGUGCCCUCAGGCGGUCGCUGCGUACAUCAAAUAUGGAGAUGUUAAACAGGCGGUUGACACCUGUGUGAGGUUGAACCACUGGGACCAAGCGGUGGACCUCGCGAAGACGUACAAAAUGGCGCAGAUAAACGAUCUCAUGAACAAAUACGCCAAUCACUUGUUGUCGAACGGAAAGCGACUUCAGGCGAUCGAGUUGUACCGAAGUGCCAACUGCUUCCUGGAAGCAGCAAAGCUGCUGCUGAAACUGGCCGAGGAGCAGACGAAGUUGCGAGCCAAUCCCCUGAGGGUAAAGAAGAUCUACGUGCUGGCGGCGCUGCUCAUCGAGGACCACAUCAACAGCAGUCCAGCGGGGAAAGGAGGCAGGAGUAACGUCGUCAUGGGGAUGACUGAGAGCAACGAAGACUCCAGGGUGAUCGAGAAUUCCUGGAGAGGAGCCGAGGCCUUCCACUACCUCCUCCUAGCUCACAGGCAAAUCUACAGUGGUGACUUUGACGCCGCCAUGAAGACGUCGUUGAGGCUGAGGGAGUACGAGGACAUCCUGGACUCCGAGGACGUCUACUGUCUGCUGGCGCUAUCGAGCUCGGUCAACAGGGCGUUCUCCACCUGCUCCAAGGCAUUCAUCAAGCUCGAGAGCCUCGACAGGAUAUCCGAGGCCAAGAGGGAGGAGUACGAGGAACUUGCACUGAAGAUUUUUCUGAAUAAUCCACCCAAGGACUCGAAGAACGUGAAAUCCGAGUGCGUCAGCUGUGAAACCCUCGUUCCUGAUUGGUGUGUCGCCUGUCCCAAUUGCACCACGAGGUUUCCUGCUUGUGUUGCCACUGGACGACCUCUCAUGGACCUCACUAAUGCCUGGAUCUGCACUGUUUGUCGACAUCACGCAGCUGGCGAGAGAGACGUCGUCAGUCUUGGAUCUUGUCCACUUUGUCACAGCACUAUUACGUAUAUGUAAUUUUAGCGGAGCAGGACGAAGGGAUAAACAAGAAUUAAUGAAGUUUUAUUCGCCUGGAAGAAUCGUUUUUGUAAAAAAACAUCGCAGAUUUGGAUCUUUCUGGAGGGUCUUUGCUGUUGAUAUUUUUUGUAGUGCAGAUUUGUCAGCGCGAGUUUCUUGUUUUUGUGACAGUCAAGGAAAAAAUGGUAUAUUUUGAUACGAGUGGGAGGGGGUGGUAACGAGUGUGAAGUUGGCGGCCUGAGGUGACGCCGAGGGCUGCCAACCACAGGAGUUAAAAUACCCCGUGGCACGAGUAUCCGAAUUGUAGUUUUUGUUAGUGAUGUUACGUUCAGCGUGUGGUGAACUGUCAUUUGUGUGAUUGUUUACAAAUAAACGAAAAGGGGAUUUUCCACACGGUCUGAACGUAGCUGCAGUGACAAAAAGGAAAUUGUUGACAUUGAUUAUUUUUUUCAUCCCAAUUUCAACCAAUCAAAUGGUGGCAUUUCCCGUCAUGUGGUACUAGGGGAACGGUUUUACUUCGGAUAUUUUUCGAAUAUUUCCCUGUUUGUUGCUGAGCAAUGAAAAAUAUCGGAUAAACAAUUUGUACGCGUUUCAAACCCCAAAACUGUCAUUAGAAAAAAUCAAGUUCAGAGACUUUACCUCGACAUGAGCAGAUUUGGAGGAGAAUCCUUGGAGAUUAUUGAUCAAAAAAUUAAAAAAAAAUGUUCCUAAUAAUACGGUGAAGAGAAAAGUCACAAUUUGGAAACAGUUCUCUCCAUUUUGUGCAGACAGAAAAUAUACGCAGGAGACGCCACAACUACUAGUGAAAAACCAUACCAUAUGACGCCAAAUGCCAUUUAAUUCCUUGAAAUUGGAAUGAAAAAUAUAAUCGAGUCAAAUACCCCUCGACCUUCAAAAUUAAUCGGAUAUUUCCUUCCAGUUGACCUGCGUAACACCGAUUGGGAUAAGUUUGGCAGUAAAACCCUCGAUUUUUAACCUCCAAAACUUAUCCCUCUCGUUGCUACACAACGAAACUCUCGGGAAAUAUCCGAUAAUUUUGAAAGUCUUGGGGUAUUAUUACUUAAUAAUAAUCUGCGAUGAUCUUGCUUUCCCUUGAUUUCGUCGAUUUUAUGGAAAUUAUGAGUAUUAUAAGGAACAUAAUCCGUCCAAUCUUCUUUAUGUGCCGUCCAGUCGUUUCAAUCAUGACGUAAGUUAAGUUUUCUAUUUGUUCUCAAAUAAAUUUCACUGACAAAUUUUGUUUGACUGUGUUUUUAAUAAGUUAAUUAAUUGAUCGAUUAUUCGUGGAGCAAUAUCACAUUUAAGUAAAAUGGAAAUUAGCCAAUUUCUGAAUAAAGGUCACAAAGUUCGAUAGGGGCGUUAGCAAUGGCCGAUAAAUCAUACCUUAUUUGUCCCAGACGAUGCUACGGACCUCUAGGGGAGAAUUUUUCAAGUUCGAUUGAGAAAUUGGCUAAUUGAAAGAUAAAAUUGCAGGAAUUCAUAAUCGUAACAGCUGUACCAGUACUCGUUUAACCAUUUUGACUACUUUUGAAGAAGAUGAUGCCUUUGUGUCGUUCCUUAAAUGAUGUUCUGCGGACAAUUGAUAGUCGUCAAUGCGAGAUCAAUUGUUCUGCUGCUUCAGAAGAUUGAAUAUGGAGUAGGAUGUUUUGAUGAGCUGAAAAGUGGGGGAAUGUAAUUCUUGAUAUAAAUAAAACGAAAACAAAUUGAGAAUUACAUUUAAACUGUUCGGCACUACAACUUUAGAAGGUAAUAACUAAAUUAAAAUAUUCUUACUCCACCAAAUGAGUCCAGAGACAGCUCCACUACGUAACCACUGGUGAAUCUCAGUGGUUUCAGGCAUCUGCGCAUUAUUAGGGCCAAGCUCUUCUUCGUAGGUAUUUUUAAUGCCGACCAGUCCAUGUUGUAGACCCCCUCGGAAAGUCUGAAACU